AUGUCCAACGUACCAAGUCACGAACAAGUCAAGAAGGAUGUCAAGAAGGAUGUCAAGAAGGAUGCUGAAAAUAUUCAAAAAAGAGCUGCUGCUGAUAUCAAUGAGGCAAAAGAGCAAGGCAAGGCUAAAGCUCGCGAUUUAAAAAAUCAGGGUCAAGCAAAAGCUGAAGACUUGAAACAACGAGGUGAAUUUGAAGCUGAGGCUUUGAAAGAACUGAGCAAAGAGUUGCUUGAAGCUGCCAGUGAAAGAGGACAACUAAUUUACGAAACUGCUAAUGAAAAAGGUCAGGAAGCCCUUGAAGCCGCUAAGAAGGAGCUUGGUCAUUUGGAAAAAGAAGGCAAGAAUAUCUUUGCUAAAAUUUGGGCACUGUUGAAAAAGAAUGCUCAUGCUCUUGGUGUAAACGUACAAAAAACCGGAAAGCAGAUUGAAGUAUCAACCGGUAAUUUGUUGCAAAGAGUUGGUGUUGAAUUGCAAAAUCCAGUUGUCAUAACUCAAAUCUUUGUGGUUGCUGGUGGUGUUGCUGCUGGAUACUUGGGAUAUUUGGAAAAGCACAGAAUCAGAUCCGAUAACAAUGUUGUAGUGGGUCUCCAUGCUUCUAUUGUUACAGGAUUGGUUCUUCUUGAUGGAUUUUUGUUUAACAAAUACUACCCAAAAUACGACAAGAAAAGUAGAAUUGCGUAA